AUGAGCAGCUUGAUACCCAAGAGACCAAAACUUCUUGACACUAGAGCCAAAAAAAAGGACUUUGACUUGUCAUCAGAACAAGAAAAAACUCCUAUUAUAGAAGCAGAAACAGCAAACAUGCCAUAUUUACCAAAUAGUAAACCAAGUAAAAACAACAACCAAGGUGAUGAAAACUGGGCCAGUAACAUAGAACAAGAAGAAAAACCAGUUGGUAGAGGCAAACAAAAAGCUACUUCUUCUACAAAUGAAAACAACAAGGUAAAAAACAAGACAUAUGCAGUAGCAAAUACAGAAAACAACAAACAAACAGAUACAAAACAUAUGCAUAUCACAUAUGACAAAAUUGAUACACAAGACAAAAUUAUUGAUAGCACAACAUCAAAUGAUAUAGAAGAAUCUACAAUGGAAAAUUUGUAUAGUGAUGAGUUCGAUUCUUUAUCUGAUAAUAACAAUGAAGAAAGAAAUAGCAGCAAUAAUGAAGAAUUAGCUUCGACAUCAAUGUCUACCUCAAAAUUGAGUAGUAUUAGAACAAAAAAAAAAGGAAGCCAGGAAGUUUCGUAUGGCAAUUUUUUUAAAAAAUAUUUUUCAGCAGUUUUAUUAAAUAAUCAAGAAGAAGAAGUCGAAAAAGUUCAAUGUUUAUUUGAAGAAUGCGAUACAGAGUAUUUAUGGUUAGGUUCAACAAGUAAUUUAAUAAAUCAUCUUAGGGAUAUCCAUUAUGUUGCCAAGGAAUCUCUUGCGAAUAAGUCAGUAAAGGUUCACCAACAAACUAUUCAACAAGUAAUUAUGAAACCCCAUCCUGUUCUUAUUCAAAAAAAGCUUACAAAUCAAGUUGUACGAUAUAUAGUUUCACGUGCCCAGCCAAUUUAUCUUGUUGAAAUUGAUGACUUUAAACUUUUGUUAAAAAAAUUUGAUUCUCACUUUAAAAUGCCAUGUGUUAAUACAAUAAAAACGAUCAUAUUUGACUCUUAUAAUUCAGCAGUAAAGCAAAUUAUCGAUCUUAUUUCAAGGAUGUCAGACACUGUCUCUUUAACUUUUGAUAUUUGGUCUUCACGUGCCCAUGAUAGUUAUCUUGGAAUUACUUGUCAUUGGCUUACAGAUUCAUUUGA